AUGUCUUCCGAUGGACGGCCUGAUGUCGAUGGCAAGUCCCAUACUCGUCACAUUGAGACCGACGGCAACGACAUUCUUCAGGUCCUCGAACACGACGGUAAUGUGGCCAAGGUUGUCCACACGGAUGGCACUGUCGACUUUAUCGAUGCCAAAGCCAUUGGCGGAGAGUACGACGAGAUGCCCAAGGGAUACUUCCGCAGCGCCAGCUUCAUCGGGACCGUGGUGGCUCAAUGUCUCGGCAGCAUCUGUGCGUACCUGGGCUGGGUCCUGCCCGCCAAUACCUUGCUGCUCAUCAAUGCAGAUAUCGGUCCUUCGGUCAACAUCAGCUGGGUGGCCACUCUCUGGACUAUGGGAAGCUCCAUCGGUUUCCUCCUGUUUGGACGUCUCUCUGACAUGUACGGCCGCCGGUGGAUGGUUCUCGGCACCACCGUCCUCGGCCUCGUGGGGUGCAUCAUCGGAUCUUGUGCCCAGAACGUCGAGACGUUGAUCGCUGCCAACGUGUGCAACGGCAUCGCGGCUGCCGGCCAGCUCUCCUUCGGCAUUGUUCUCGGCGAGCUCGUGCCCAACAAGAUGAGAGGUCCUAUCGUGACCAUCGUCUUUUUAUCGUCUCUCCCUUUUGCCGUUUUUGGUCCUGUCAUUGCGCGCUCACUCUUCAACAACACGUCCUCCAAGUGGCGAUGGAGCUACUUCAUGGGCGACAUACUCGGCGCCGCUUCUCUCGUGCUCUACUACUUCUUCUACCACCCGCCGACGUAUAGCCAGCUUCAUGUUCAGGGCAAGACGAGGUGGCAGAUGACCAAGAACCUCGACUUUGUCGGCAUCUUUCUCUACGUGUCCGGCUGUGUGCUGUUCCUGAUCGGUCUUUCCUGGGGCGGUGUGGCCCAUCCCUGGGCGAGCGCUGCCACGCUUUGCACACUGCUCAUCGGUCUCGCCUUGAUGGUGUCGUUUGUUGUGUAUGCCAUUGGAUUCAUCGAGAAUAUCUCUUUCCCCGGCGUCACUCUCGUCUGGGAAGCCCAAGAUAUCGGUCUCGCAACCGGCAUCCUCGGCUCGAUCCGCGGCCUCGGCGGCGCUAUCGCACAGGCCCUCUACGGCUCGGUUCUCAACAACGAACUCGGCAAGAAGCUCCCCGAGCUCGUCGUGCCGGCAGCCACACAAGCGGGUCUCCCAGAGACGUCGCUGACGGCGCUAUUCGCAGGCAUUGCGACAGGCGACCUCUCGGCCGUGCCGGGCAUCACCAACGAGGUCAUCGCGGCCGUCGGCGCAGCGACAAGGGUGGCGUACACGGAGAGCUUCAAGAUGGUCUUUUACACAACGAUUCCGUUCUCGUUCAUUCUGCUCGUCAGCUCCGUCCUGGUGCCCAACAUGGAGAAGUACCUGACUUCUGAUGUGGCGAAGAAGCUCAACGGCGCGAGGAGCGAGGAGUCGGGCUCCGAGGAGAAGGUUGAGAAGGUGUAA